GUACGGAGUGGAAGAUGAAAAGAGUUCUGCUAUUGAACUGUUUGCUGGUUGCAGUCUGGGCAGUUUCGCCGGAACAUCGCGGUAGGAUCAGUAAUGGACAAACGGCAUCGCCGCGGGAUUUUCCUUCGGCUAUUGGCAUACUAAUUUCCGGUGAUUCUUCACACUCCUUUUGCGGUGGUGUUUUGAUUUCCACCAGAUUUAUUCUGACGGCUGCGAGAUGUGUUACAGGCACAAAUACUUUGACAGUUUUGACCGGUGCCAGUGAUAUGAACGAACUGGUUGACAACAUCCCAGUGCUCAACAUUCCGUCACACAUCAUUAUUCAUCCGGACUAUAGUUCGUUUUCCAAUCGGAAUGAUUUGGCAAUAGUGCAACUUUCGCGACCGGCCGAAUUGGGCGAGUAUGUCGAAAUAGCGCAGCUUCCAAGGCGGUACCACGUUCCGUUCACGUUCACCGAUUGGAACAGCACAAUCGUCGGUUGGGGAAACACCGGAAACCGAGACAACGAACCGAUUCCGUUGCAGCAUCUUCAGUUCGCUCACGGAUCCGUGAUUAGUAACUUCGUUUGUGGUUUGUCGCAUUCCUUCAUCCGCGAUGGUCACAUUUGUACUGCAACGGAAGACGGUGGUCCAUGCGAUGGAGAUGAAGGUGGUCCCGUUUAUGCGGAUGUCGAUGGGGAGAAAAUUGUCAUUGGAAUUCAUUCGACGCACUUUUCUGGCAUCCGCGGGUGUGAUCGGGGUCGAUCGGCAGUCAAUACCCGGCUCACGGAGUAUCUCGACUGGAUAGGAGAGAACAGUGACGUUGAGAUCUUGGAUUAAAAGCUUUCGUUGUAGUUCUUUUUUACAGUGCAUACAUAUAUUGUGAUAACAGCAUUGCUGUCGUGGUUUGUUCCA